AUGGACACAAAAGAACCAUUAAGCCCCUCCCUUGGAGAAGAAACCACCAAAAGUAUACAUGGUCGCAGCAGAGGAAAUGUAAUGGACUUUUAUAAAACGAUAAGGGGUGGAGCUCCUGUGAAGAUUCCUGCAUCUUCACCCUCACUGGCUACUGCUUCUCAUUCAGACUCUAAGCAGCAACCUCUUUUGGGUGACUAUUCUAAAGGAUCAGCCAGCAGGCAGCCAGAUCUGUCCAAGGCAGUCUCACUAUCAAUGGGCUAUAUGGGUGAUACAGAUUCAAAAGUGAUGGGAAAUGAUCUGGUAUUUCCUCAGCAGGGCCAAAUCGGUGUUUCUUCUGGUGAAACUUUUAGGCUUCUUGAAGAGAGCAUCGCAAGCCUCAGUAAGUCAUCCAGGGUGUCCAAAAGCCCCAAGAGUUCAGCAUCUUCUGCUCCAGACAAUGAAUUUCCAACAACAUCUAAUUUCGAUAAAGCUUUAGAAAAGCCAGCUUUUAAAAAGGGCCCCACUGGCACUAAUGAUGGCAAUUCGAAAUUGUAUACUGAAGACCAAAGUACCUUUGAUAUUUUACAGGAUUUGAAACUGUCCUCUGGGUCCCCAAGUAAAGAGGCAAAUGAGAGCCCUUGGAGACUAGACCCCUUGUUAGAUGAAAACUGUUUGCUUUCUCCUUUAGCAACAGAUGAGCCAUUUCUCUUAGAAGGAAAUGCAGAUGAAGACUGCAAGCCUCUUAUUUUGCCGGACACUAAGCCUAAAAUUACUGAGGGGGGGGGUCUGAUUUUACCCAGUUCUAAUAUGCCAUUGCCUCAAGUGAAAACCGAAAAAGAAGAUUUUAUUGAACUUUGUACUCCUGGAGUAAUUAAACAGGAGAAACUGGGCCCAGUUUACUGUCAAGGAAGUUUUCCUGGGGGAAAUAUAAUUGGUAACAAGAUGUCUGCCAUUUCUGUUCAUGGUGUGAGUACCUCUGGGGGACAGAUGUACCACUACGACUUGAAUACUUCAUCCCUUUCUCAGCAGCAGGAUCACAAGCCUGUCUUUAAUGUCAUUCCACCCAUUCCUGUUGGUUCAGAAAAUUGGAAUAGGUGCCAGGGAUCUGGAGAUGACAACUUGGCUUCCUUGGGAACUCUCAAUUUCACUAAUCGAUCUGUUUUUUCUAAUGGAUAUUCAAGCCCUGGAAUGAGACCAGAUGUAAGCCCUUCUCCAUCCAGCUCCUCCACGACAGCGGGACCACCCCCCAAACUCUGCCUUGUUUGCUCCAAUGAGGCUUCAGGAUGCCAUUAUGGAACUUGUGGAAGUUGUAAAGUGUUCUUCAAGAGAGCAGUGGAAGGGCAGCACAAUUAUCUUUGUGCUGGAAGAAAUGAUUGUAUCAUUGAUAAAAUUCGAAGAAAAAACUGCCCAGCAUGUCAUUACCGAAAAUGUCUCCAAGCUGGAAUGAACCUAGAAGCUCAAAAGACAAAGAAGAAAAUUAAAGGAAUUCAGCAACCCAACCCAACAACAACAAGAGAGAAUUCUGAAAGUCCUGUCAACAAAACGGUGGUUCCUGCAUCAUUGCCUCAGCUUACCCCGACAUUAGUGUCCCUCCUGGAGGUCAUUGAGCCAGAGGUGUUAUAUGCAGGAUAUGACAGUUCGAUGCCUUGGAGGAUCAUGUCAACACUUAACAUGCUAGGAGGGCGGCAAGUGAUUGCAGCAGUGAAAUGGGCAGGCCCAGGUUUCAGAAACUUACACCUGGAUGACCAAAUGACCCUGCUGCAGUACUCCUGGAUGUUCCUGAUAUCGUUUGCACUAGGAUGGAGAUCAUACAAACAAUCGAGUGGGAACCUGCUGUGUUUCGCUCCUGAUCUGGUUAUGAAUGAGCAGAGGAUGAAUUUACCUUGCAUGUAUGACCAAUGUAAACAUAUGCUACUUGUGUCCAGUGAAUUACAAAGGCUUCAGGUUUCCUGUGAAGAAUAUCUCUGCACGAAAACCUUAUUACUUCUCUCUUCAGUUCCCAAGGAAGGUUUGAAGAGCCAGUCACUCUUUGAUGAGAUUAGAAUGACUUACAUCAAAGAGCUGGGGAAAGCCAUAGUCAAGAGGGAAGGAAACUCAAGUCAGAACUGGCAGCGAUUUUAUCAGCUGACUAAACUUCUGGACUCCAUGCAUGAGAUAGUUGAAAGCCUUCUGAACUAUUGCUUCGAAACGUUUUUGGACAAGACCAUGAGCAUCGAGUUCCCGGAAAUGUUGGCUGAAAUCAUCAACAAUCAGAUAUCAAAAUACUCAAAUGGAAAUAUCAAAAAACUGCUUUUUCAUCAGAAGUGACUGCCUUAAUACAAAAGGUUGCCUUAAAGAAAAGUCAGAUUUAUAGCUUUCGUCAUACAGACUCACAGACUGGUUCAUUUCUGUCCUCGUGGUGGCGUUCCUUCUGCAAUUAUGCACUACAUGUGGUUUCUAGAGGGCCAAGACUUGGACAUGAACACGGUUGUUUUGAAGCAACAGGAGCGGUAGGGAGAAAGGAAGUGAAAUAAUUCAUUUUGUACAUCCUGGAAAUCAGACGCGUCAUCCUGGGAAAGAUCUUCCCAGUGGACAGAGGAUGGCGCCCCAAAUCCUGCUGCCAGCAAUCUGCAUCAUGAACAUUCUACUAGUGAUUUUCCACAGUUGGUUGGAUAAGUGUUUUCUAGGAAUUUUUUUUUUGUCGUGUUUUUCUUUUUUUUUUCUUUUUUCUUCCCUUCUCUCCCCUGUAUAGUUAAGAUAGCUUUUUGAUUUAUGCAUGGCAACCUGAAAAAAGUUUACAAAUGUAUGCCAGAAAAGGGAAGUUGUGCCUUUUAUAGCUAUAACUGUCUGGUUUUAGCCAUUUCCUUUACCUUUAUAUCCAGUGAACUAGGCCAGCCCAUUUUUCUUACAUCAUUUUUGUAUUCGAGUUGCCUGUUUGUACAGCUGUCUGUUU